UCGAAGCAGUCCUGACGUGCACGACGGCCAGCGCGCAGUAUUACCGCUCGGACCCUCCGGCCGGCGGGACGCGUUCCUCGGCGUCGUGUGACCGCACCAGUGCACUGCCGCAUCACUGAUAACAGAAGUGGAUAGAGUUGUUUAUAACACAGUUCGCUGCGCUGAGCUUUCGAUUUUAAAUUCAACGUAUAUCCGCUUCUGAAAAAUUAAGAUAACGAAGGUAGAAGAAAUACAAGUGAAGAUGGAAAAUGAGUGUGUUGCGGGCUGGGGAAGAUGGCAGGCACGAAUCGCGGUGCUGCUGGCGCUGCCGGUGCUGCUGACUGGCAUGUAUGGCACCAACUACGUUUUCCUGGCAGCGCGUACUCCGCACAGGUGUCAUAUCCCAGAAUGCGAAGACAACAGUACACUGUCGGGGCCGGUACCAGCAGACGCGUGGUCACCGUCCUGGUCCACGUGGGCGCUGCCGCCCGACUCCGAGUGUCACCGCCGCCCUACCCUAGACGGAGUCUGCAGUGAAGUGAGCUUCGAUAACACCACUACACUUGACUGCGAAGACUUUGUCUAUCAGCAUCACAGCAGUAUCAUGUCUGAGUUUGGCCUGGCGUGUCAAGAGUGGAAGCGUACGCUAGUGGGUACGGUCCACAACGUCGGCAUGCUUGUCUCUCUUCCAAUAAUGGGAUACGUCUCGGACAGAUGGGGCCGCCGAGCAGCAUUGGUGACGAGUGGCACAGGCGCCGGCCUGGUAGGACUCUGCAAGUCCUUUGCUAGCUCAUAUCCUACUUAUUUGGCGGCAGAGUUCUUCGAGACUGUACUUGGAGCUAGUGUCUAUCCUGCGGCAUUCGUACUUAUGAUCGAGUGGCUUGGUGUUGAACAAAGAAUAUUGGCCAGCCUUUUGCUUGGCAUUCCAUUAUCUGCUGGAGCAGCGAUCCUAGCUCUACUGGACUAUUUGACAGGCUACUGGCGCACAUGGGCGCGCCUUGCCUAUCCCCCGUCUUUCCUUCUACUGCUUUACCCUUGGGUUCUACCAGAGAGUAUUCGGUGGCUCGUGGCUGGCGGAAAAGUCAACGAAGCUGUUCGGGUCAUAAAACAAGCAGCGAAAGCUAACAGAGUUACUAUCCCCGACGACACCUUAGAAAAAAUGCUGUCGAAAGACCAGGUUACAGAUAAAGUGGAGACUAUAGUUCAAGAGGAAAGCUUAUUCAAGGCGUUUAUUAAGUAUAGCGCACUACGGAGACGAUUGCUCGUUUGCUUCGCGUGGUGGUCGUGUGCAGUGUUCGUGUUCUACGGGCUCGCAGUGCGUGCGCAUGCGCUGGCGGGGUCGGCUCAUGCCAAUUACGCUCUGUUGGCCGCCGCCGAGUUGCCAGCGCUUCUGCUGAACACGUUGCUGCUGGACCGCGCCGGCCGCCGGCCGCUGCUCACUGCGGCUUUCCUCCUCACUGCGGUCGCCCUCAUCGCUAUUCCUUGUUUGCCUGAUCACAGCGGAGUCGGUACGGCUCUAUUCCUUGCGGGUAAGAUGGGUGCGACUAUGGCCUUGAACGCCCUGUACGUAUACACCGCCGAGCUGUUCCCGACGCGCGCGCGCCAGCGCCUGCUCGCCGCGUGCUCCACGUGCGGCCGCAUCGGAGCCAUCCUCGCGCCUCAGACGCCACUGUUGGCUGCGUACGGGGCUUGGGUGCCGACGACACUGCUGGGUGCGCUACCACUGCUCAGCGCGGCGCUUACGCGGCUAGUGCCAGACACGCUAGGCCGCCGUCUCCCCGAUUCUUUCGCCGACCUGGACUCCUCGGCCUCCGACAUUUCCGCCUCCACCGCCCUGCCGUAGCCCACGCCGCUGCUCGACUCCAUCGAUCUCAACUAGAAUAGUUAUGUUAGGGUCAACGGGUUAGUGUUGUAGACAUUCAGCACAGUGAUAACAUCACAAGACAGAACGAAGGUUGUCUCUGUGCUCCCUGUGUAUGUGUGUGUAAGCGGGCCACAUUGACCUUAGCUUUGCAUUUGAUAAUACGAAAAGACACAGAACGAUUGUUUCCUACGUUAUCACUAAAAAUAAUCUCAGCAACUGAGAUUCUUAUUUGCUAUUUAAAGCAAAAUAAAUAAAUAACAUGCCUUACUCUAUCUCGAAUGUCUAUAUAUACUUAAGAAGGGUAGAUUAUGUUUUAACUAUUAUUAAUCAUUGUGCUGGCCUCCAGUGAUACCAUAUUUUUAUGUAAAUAAUUUCUGUAAUACUUACAAUUUAGAUUAAGUUUUAUAAUUUUGUAAGAAGUAAAACUAAAAGUAAGAUAACAAGUCUAAAAUGACAAUUACGAAUUAUUACGAUAAGAUCGCAAUAAUUCGCAAUAUUUGCUCA